ACAUAUUCUUUUUUUUUUCUUUUUCUCUUUUUUUUCCUUUUGGGAAUCACACCUCUUCUAUCUCGAUAACCGGCCAACCGCACCGCGGGCACAAGUGUCCUCCACACCAUGAGAUAUAUCUCCUGGUAUCGUGAACUAAAAGAGGAAAACUCCGUGACCCUAAAAAUGCUACCGAGAGCUCUCAUAUCAUACUUCCUUACCGCGAAGAGGGGACACGAGUGCAAAGGCCCAGAGGUACCCCGAGUACGCGUGCAAUUCUUCACCCAAUUCCUGUCCUCCGGCUUCGCUCCUUUAAACCCUUCCUUUCCUCCCCUCAUCCCUCCUUCAUUCUCUCUUCUCCAUGAAAACAGCUUUCACAGCCCCGACCGCUCUUUUCCUUUGGGAGGCAAUUCCUCGCUUGUGAAGCUUCCCUUCGGAUGGGAAUCUCUACACCCGUAACUCGGUGUCCUUGGAGCAGCGCCCACUGAUCUACAUUGCCCUACAUCUUGUUGGUUUGCCUGCCAUCGCCCCACCACCUUCGUCAUUCCUCUCCUUGACGUCUUCUUUCGUUCCGCCCUGCCCCUUCCCCCCUUCUUCCCCUCCCCUCCCCUCUCCCUCCUCUCGCCCCCUUCAUUCCAAUUCCCUCUCCUCCAUCUCUACCCUCUGCCUGUCGCCACAGCUUUCCUUCCCACCCACUAUAUUCCCGUCAAGCUCCCUAUCGUGGAGCCUUCUCGCUUGGCAAUCACUCCGUUAGAUUCGUCGGCUAUUAGUUUGAGGAAUUGAGGUGAGCGUUUUUUUUCGCUGGUCCGACUUUCCCGAAUUCUUCCGUUGCUCUCCCGGAUGAGGUCUUUGACUUCCUCGGUUAUCAACGGUGGCUUUACAUCACCGUUUGCGAGAUGCUACCUAUCGUUAGCUUGGUUGCCUUGGUUGAAGCUUUGUUGCGGUAUCUGACUGAGAUUCUAGGAGUUGGGAACUUCGGACUUUCUCCAUCUACUCACCGGAGCUUUCCCUGCCCUCAAUUUCGCAGAUAAGAGAGAUUCAAGGUUCUUUUUCUCCCACCUGAUCCUGGUCAAUAUUUUGCGCUAUCAGUGCGUUAUCUUUGCAUUCUAUAGCUGAAUUGGUCGGUUUGUUACAUAAGGCACAGGUUUUUCUUCUCCCUUCUUCCUCUUCUCCCCUUCCGGACUGUUAGAACUCAGCCUGCGCCAUGUCUACUACUGCGAUACGCCGUUUGGCAGCCGGUCCUGGAAUCGCCUCGAUCUAUUCCUCGUCUCUGGCUCCCGCCAGCAAGAAUUCGGCUCUUUGUUCGAAAAUCAUUCGGAAACACGGCUCAAUUUGGCAUGUUAGACAUCUAGCAAUAAUCCCCAGGGUGCCAAACCGCAAGCACUCUACCAUCGUUGAAACAGAGAAUUUAGAGGACCCUUCAAUUUUCACACCUUUUCCGAGGGUCCCAUUGGGACCCGAUAGCGUUUCCGGAUCAACUCGCCAGUACUUUAAGGUGGUCGAAACUGAGUUUGAGGAGCCUGUGUCGAUUUAUGCCCCUUUGGAUACUUUCCAGAGGCGUCAUAUUGGGCCUAACAAGGAGGAGACUCAGCUUAUGCUUAGAUCUCUUGGAUACGGUAGCCUGGAUGCCUUUGUGAACGAUGUUUUGCCGACCAAUAUUCUUUCCGAUAGAAAGUUGAAGGUUGAGCCAGAUAAUGGUCUGAGCGAGACUCAGCUUCUGGCGAGAUUGAGGACCAUCGCGGGUAAGAACAAGGUCAUGCGGAGUUACAUUGGCGCUGGCUACUACGGUACGAAAACUCCGGCGGUAAUCGCUAGGAAUAUCUUGGAGAGUCCCGAGUGGUACACAUCUUACACACCAUAUCAACCAGAAAUCUCUCAGGGUAGGCAUCAUCAUGUGUUUUCUUUUCUUUUUCUUUUUCUUUUCUUUUUUUCUUCCCCAGUUUUCUUUUUCUUACUAAGUUUGGCUUCUACAAGGUCGUCUCGAAUCAUUAAUCAACUUUCAAACCCUUGUCACUGAUCUUACUGGCCUUGCCAUUGCCAAUGCAUCCGUGCUUGAUGAGGCGACAGCUGCAUCUGAGGCCAUGACUAUGUCCUUGGCAUCGCUUCCGGUCCCACGCCAAAAGCGCCCAAAUAGGACAUUUUUCGUCGACAGCAGGGUUCACCCGCAAACAAUUGCGGCUCUUAACUCUCGUGCGGAAGGAUUUGGAAUUAGAGUUCGGGUCGGAGAUGCUCUGGAUCUUGCAUCCGUGGAAAAGUUGGGGCAAGACUUGGUUGGGGUCUUGGUUCAGUACCCGGCAACUGAUGGAAGCAUCAACGAUUAUUCUAAGCUCUCCGAGUCGGUUCACAAACUUGGUGCACUGCUUUCGGUGGCAACAGAUCUGCUUGCCUUGACCGUGCUGAAGCCCCCGGGAGAAUUCGGCGCGGAUAUCGCCUUCGGUAAUUCUCAGAGAUUCGGUGUUCCAAUGGGUUACGGUGGUCCUCACGCAGCCUUCUUUGCAACUUCGGAUGGAGGGAAGCGCAAGAUGCCUGGAAGACUGAUCGGUGUCUCUAAGGAUCGUCUUGGUGAUAAGGCUUAUAGACUUUCGCUCCAGACGAGAGAGCAGCACAUCCGCCGCGAGAAGGCCACCAGUAAUAUCUGUACUGCUCAGGCUCUGUUGGCGAAUAUGAGCGCUAUGUAUGCUGUAUACCAUGGGCCCAGGGGUCUCAAGAAGAUUGCCCAGAGGGUUUAUGGCUUGGCUCGGAUUCUGGAGGAAGGUCUUCUGAGAAUGGGGUUCGAGGUCAAUCCUGGGAACAAGCCCUCUCAAGCAAACUUUGAUACCGUGGUUGUCGAGGUUAAGGAUGCCAAGGAUCUAGCUGCGAAAUUUGUUGAAUGGUACGGUAUCAACGUUAGAGUUCUUACCAGUCAGAGGGUAGCGGUCUCCGUCGAUGAGACGGUAACCCAGCAGGAUAUGCAGGAUAUAUUUGCAGCCUUUUCGGCAUUUGCCCAGAAGAACCCCGGUAGGCCAAAGUGGGAGCAAUUCUGCCAGGAGAUUGCCGAAGACUUGGAGAUCAGACCUGACCACCCCGCUAAACUCCCUAAGGCAUUCAAGAGAACUUCAAAGUACCUCGAACAUCCCAUAUUCAAUAGCUAUCACUCGGAGGCGGAAAUGCUGAGAUAUCUUCAUCAUCUUCAGUCGAAGGAUUUGUCAUUGGCCAAUUCCAUGAUUCCUCUCGGGUCAUGCACCAUGAAGCUUAACUCCACUACCGAAAUGAUUCCUAUCUCUUGGCCCGAAUUCAAUUCCCUUCACCCAUUUGUGCCGCUCGAGCAGGCCCAGGGCUACAAGCAGCUGACUACCGAACUCGAAGCUGACUUGGCCGAUAUUACCGGUUUCGAUGCCGUUUCCCUUCAGCCAAACUCUGGUGCUCAGGGCGAAUUUGCUGGUCUUCGUGUCAUUCGUGCGUAUCUCAAUUCGAUCGGCCAGGGAUAUCGGGACGUCUGCAUCAUCCCUCAGUCCGCUCACGGUACCAAUCCGGCAUCGGCAUCUAUGGCAGGGAUGAGAGUUGUCACUGUCAAAUGUGAUCCUAAGAAUGGCAACUUGGAUAUCCUUGACCUUGAGGCGAAGGCCGAGAAAUAUAGAGAUGCACUUGGCGCUUUCAUGGUCACAUACCCAAGCACCUAUGGAGUUUUCGAGCCGGGCGUCAAGAAGGCUUGUGAAAUUAUCCACGCUUACGGAGGACAAGUCUACAUGGAUGGUGCCAACAUGAAUGCUCAGAUCGGCCUCUGUAGCCCCGGGGAGAUUGGGGCUGAUGUCUGCCAUUUGAAUUUGCACAAGACUUUCUGUAUUCCUCAUGGUGGCGGAGGGCCCGGUGUUGGCCCUAUAGGCGUGAAGGGUCAUUUGGCUCCCUUCCUCCCUGGGCAUCCUCUUAUUAAGACCGGAGGGGAGCAUGCUAUCGCGCCAAUCUCAGCCGCUCCUUGGGGAUCUGCAAGUAUCUUGCCUAUUUCCUGGUCGUACAUCAAAAUGAUGGGUAAGGGAGUGGAUUCCUUAUUCGCUAUUUUCUAUUGCUAAUUGGUGUCAUAGGGGGUCGUGGUUUGACUCAUGCUACCAAGAUUACAUUGUUGAACGCCAAUUACAUGGCUUCUCGUCUGGCUCCUCAUUACAAGGUGCUAUAUACUAACAACAACUCGCGCUGUGCCCACGAGUUUAUCCUCGAUCUUCGGGAAUUUAAGGAGACUGCCGGCAUUGAAGCUCUCGAUAUUGCCAAGCGUCUCCAGGAUUACGGGUUCCAUGCCCCCACCAUGUCUUGGCCCGUUAACGGAACUCUCAUGAUUGAGCCUACUGAAUCCGAGAACCUCCAAGAACUGGAUCGUUUCUGUGAUGCUUUGAUUUCUAUCCGUAAGGAAAUCGCAGCGGUAGAGUCGGGCGAACAACCCCGCGAGGGCAAUGUUUUGAAGAACAGCCCUCACACCCAGAAGGAUCUCAUCGCCGACGAGUGGAGUCGUCCGUAUGGUAGAAGCCAGGCUGCAUUCCCGUUAGCCUACUUGAAGGAUAGAAAGUUCUGGCCCACCGUGACCAGAGUCGAUGACUGUUCGUAUAACCCUAGCUCUUUUGGUAUGCUUGAACUAAUGAGGGCCACAGCUUUCGGUGACCUUAACCUCUUCUGUUCUUGCGUCCCUGUCGAAACUAUCGAAUAG